UAUUUAUUUAUUUUUUUUUUCAUUUGCAAUCGGUUUGCCGUUGAAUAAACAUAAUGUCAGGAAACUCUUCUCAAAAUCAACCAAUAAUAGAUAAAGAAAAGGAAUUUCCUUCACUUUCUGUUUGGGUGGGUAACAAUUCAGCUGUACUUGUCAAGUUAGCAGUGUUUACAGUUGCCUUAUUUGCUUUACCGAUUGUUACUUUCUAUUUAACACUUCAUCGCUUCUUUGAUGGUAAUACAACUUACGCAGCAGCAGCAGCAGUAGUAAUGGCAAACGUGAUUCUCAUUCUUUACCUUAUCACAGCAAUGUUUGAAAGUCCAAAAGAAGAUAGUAAAAAAGAAAAGAAGACGGAAUAAUACGAAUUAAUACAUUUAUUUCUUUUGCUAAAUCGAUUAAUCAUACAUAUUUAUUGUAUAUUCAUUUUAAAACAAUAAUAUCAAAAAGAGUUCAAAUAAAGGCACUAUAUAUUUCU